CAAUGUGCUCGCUGUCGACGCCAAUGCAGAUGGCGCGGCCGAUCCUGGUGACGAUCCCGGACUUGGUGGGCCAUGGCAUCCAGAUGCUGCCCGCCGAGGUAUUCCUAUCGUCGCCUUGGGGCGGCUCGUUCAACGUACUCCGAUUUCGAUAUGACGCCCAUCGCCAGACACUCCAAGAAUCCGGGCAAGAUUUGCUAGAGGUUCUACACGCGAUCAAACCCAUCUCAGGGCUGGAGCCCAGUUUUAUCACCACCCACGGAUACGGCGCGCUCGUGCUUCGCGAAGCGCUGCGUUCCAUCGACUGGCGCGACGUUCGAACGAGACUUGUUAUGGUAGCCCCUCCCAACCGAGGGACCUUAAAACCGCGGUGGUGUCUGACGGCAAAUGUCGCCAGGACGGAGCUGCAAACCCUACACGACUUUGACUUGGACAUACGGCUUGGGAAGCUGCCUCGUCUAACUUCGGCUCUGGUCAUCGCAGGCGCUCGCCAUUUUCCGUGGUCACAAACGUCUGGGCCUUCCGACGGCGUUGUGUCCGUGGCGCACACGCACAUGCCAGGCCAUUACCAGCACAUGACGAUAUCGGCACCACACAAUCUCAUUAUGGCCCAUCCGUCCACACUUCGAUUGACACGUGACUUUUUGCUGGGAUAACGAAUUGCAAUACUAGUAUUCCAUUUACUGUGUUUGAAA